AUGGAAGUUAACCAUGGAUGUUGGAUAAGAUUAUCAAAAUCAUGGAAAAAUAUAGGGAAAAUUUUAGAUGAAAACGUUGCAAACAACAAGGUGGGAAAGUACUUUAAAUUGGAAGAAAGAAAGAGUUGUUUUACAAGAGAAUUAAGGGCAGCCACCACAACUUUUCUUUCUAUGGCGUAUGUUAUCACAGUUAUCUCAACCGUGCUCUCGGGCACGGGCGGGACAUGCUCGGGCCAAGAUGGGCCCGCCUUUGAGAAUUGUGUUGCAUUGGUUAAAAGUGACUUGAUUGUGGCCAUUUCAUUAGUCUCAUUAUUGGGAUGUUUUUCUAUGGGCCUAUUGGCCAAUCUCCCUUUUGGAUUAGCCCCCGGAACAGGCCAAACCAUGUAUAUGGCCUACACCUUAGUUGGGCUUCACGGGUCUGGGACCGGGUCUAUGUCAUACUCAAAUGCAUUGGGCCUUUGGAUGGUUGAGGCAUUGGUCUUUUUAGUGAUCUCAGGAACCGGGCUUCGGGCCAAAUUGGGUCGGUUCAUCCCGCCGGCUAUUCGGCUUGCAUGUGGCAUAGGAAUUGGGCUUUUCAUGGCUUUUGUUGGGCUUCAAUCUGAACAAGGUGUGGGCCUAAUUGAACCUAGUCUAACUUCAAUAGUACAAAUCAAAGACAUGAAAAGCCCAACAUUAUGGUUGGGCAUUUUUGGGUUUUUGAUCAUGGGUAUUGGAUUAGCCCAUAAUGUACAGGGUAGUAUGAUAUAUGGCAUUCUCUUUGUGACCAUAAUCUCAUGGUUUAGGAACACCCCAAUGACAUACUUCCCAAAGACACAAUUAGGAGAAACAAGGUAUAAAUACUUUAAAAAAGUUGUAGAUUUCCACAAAAUACACAAAAUAGCAGGCAAAAUAAGCUUCACAUCCUUUAAAAAAGGGACUACUUGGGUAUCACUUAUAACAUUACUAUACAUAGACAUACUAGCAACCACAGCAACACUAUACACCUUAGCUGAAAUCGGAGAAUUCAUAAACGAAAAAGGAACAUUCGAGAACGAAUACAUAGCCUACAUGAUAGACGCCUCAGUAACAAUUUUGGGUUCGGCACUUGGAGUCCCUCCGAUCGCAACAUACGCAGAGUCAGCCACAGGGAUUAAGGAAGGCGGACGAACAGGCCUAACAGCAGUGAUCAUAGGGUUAUAUUUUUCACUAUCCUUAUUUUUUGCACCCUUAUUGUCUAAUGUGCCUCCAUGGGCAAUAGGCCCUUCUUUGGUUAUGGUUGGUGCUAUUAUGAUGAAGCUAGCUAAGGACAUUAAUUGGGGUAAUAUUAAAGAGGCAAUUCCUGCUUUCAUUACCAUAAUUUUGAUGCCGUUAACUUCUUCAAUACCUAAUGGGAUCAUUGGAGGGAUUGUGGUUUAUGUUGUUCUUCACUUUUAUGAUUGGAUUGGUUGGGUAGUUAAGUUAGUUUUUAAGCUUAUUAAGAAGAAUUCUAAAGGAAAAGAUGAUGAUGGACUUAAUAACACAGAUAUAAAUCCUUGA